AUGCUCAAGUCCUGGUUAGUCACAGCAAUCGUACCCAGUAUCGUCAUCGCCUUCGCUUCUGGCGAGAAGGAUGCGCUUGAUGUGAAAGCCCAGGCAAUUGUGGACGGAUUCUCCGUAGCUGAGGUAUUGGGGCAGAUGACGCAACUCGAUCUCAGUACCAUCAUGAACAUGGCCACUGGUGAGCUUAACGAGACCGCAGUGCGCACUUUUGCGAGGAUGAACGUUGGGUCGUAUCUCAAUACAUUUUGGGGUGACCAGCCUGUCGACGGAGAUUACGGCUACAGUGCCACUGAGUUUCGAUCUCUUAUCCAUCGUAUUCAAGAAAUCACAAUGGAAGAGAAUGGAGGCAAUCCCAUACUAUAUGGCAUUGACUCCAUCCACGGUGCGAGUUACGUGACAGGAGCCAUGCUGUUCCCGCAGCAAAUCAACUGCGGUGCGAGCUUCAACCCCGACCUUGUUUACGAGAUGGCCCGCAUUACUGCUCGGGACACUGAGGCUGCAGGUAUCCCUUGGAUUUUUGGUCCAAUCCUCGACAUCUCGCAGAACUCGUUAUGGGCUCGUACCUACGAGACGUUCGGUGAAGACCCGUACCUUUGUUCAGUGAUGGGAGAAUCUUACAUCCUUGGACUUCAGAGCUCUAAUCAAACCGCCGCUUGCAUUAAGCACUUUAUCGGGUACUCUGAGACGUCCACUGGUCACGACCGCGACAGUGUUCUGAUCUCGAAAUUUGACUUACUUAACAACUUUUUACCGCCAUUCAAAGCCGCGAUCGAGGCCGGAGCAUUGACGACAAUGGAGAACUACGUUUCCCUAAACGGUGAUCCGGUGAUUGCUAGCUCGAAAAUUCUGAACGACCUCCUCCGGUCGGACCUCGAAUUCAACGGAGUGCUUGUUUCUGACUGGAACGAAAUUUAUAACUUGCACGAUUUCCACCGCGUUUCGGCUACGCGAGAAGAGGCUGUAGCUACCUCUUUGACGCAAACGUCGAUUGAUAUUAGCAUGGUGCCGCUGGACACGGAAUUUAUUAAAUACGGUCUGAAUAUGCUCAAGGAGAACCCUGAACAAGAGGCUCGGCUGCGCGAGUCCGCCAAACGCGUCAUCAGACUGAAGCUCCAACUUGGCCUCUACGACAAUCCAGUGCCGGGCGAAGACUACGUGUCGAUGGUUGGCAAUACUAAGGACAAGGAGACCGCGCUGGAGAUAGCACGCGAAUCCAUUGUGCUGCUCAAAAAUGAAAAUGGCGUGUUGCCCCUACCUAAAAGUGCAUCAGUGUUCCUCACGGGUCACUCUUCCGACAACGUAGGGUACCAGUGCGGUGGUUGGACAUUGACGUGGCAGGGCCAUUCGGGUAAUGCAAUGUUUCCACACGGCGUCUCAGUCCGCCAAGGUCUGGAGAAUUUGGUCGGCAACAAUUCAUUUACACACUACAACGGGCUUCUAGUCAAUGGAUCUAUCUUGGAUGUAGACCUGGCCAAGUCCGUUGAACUUGCCGGUCAGCACGAAUAUACUGUCGCAGUUAUCGGAGAACCCAACUACACGGAGAAGCCUGGAGACAUUGACAACCUUGCGUUGCCCGAGGGUCAGGAGAAAUUUAUCGAAGCUUUGGCAGCUACGGGAACCAAGGUUAUUGUGGUACUGUUUGAAGGCCGUCCACGACUGCUUGGGUCGAUUCCAGACAAUGCCGCUGCUAUUAUUAAUGGCAUGCUACCAUGUGAACAAGGCGGCCAGGCUAUCGCAGAGAUCCUGUACGGAGACGUAAAUCCCAGCGGUAAACUACCGAUCACGUAUCCAAAGGACCCGGCCAACGUUGCCAUUCCGUACAACCAUCUUGUCACGACGCGCUGCGCGUAUGACAACUGCUGGAUGCAAUGGGACUUUGGUGCGGGUCUCAGUUACACAGAGUUUCAGUACACCUCCGUUACGCUGGACAAGACAACCAUCACCAACGCGGACGACACGCUUACCGCCACAGUCACGGUCACAAACACUGGCUCGCGCUCUGGCAAGGAGACGGUCAUGUUGUUCCUCAUUCAGCCAUUUCGCAAGAUCUCGGUGCCAGAGAUAAAGAUGCUGAAGAAGUUUAAAAAGAUCGAGCUACAAGCUGGCGAGUCCAUGGACGUAUCGUUCUCGCUAUCGGCGGAGGAUUGGGGCGUCUACAAGCCAGAGAUUGGAAGUGGUUUAAAGCGGGUUGUAGAAGACAGCAACUAUGUCGUGGCCAUCAAACCUGACACGUGGUGCGACGUUUACGGCGACAUUACGAACCCUCUCUGCGCCCUAUUUACUAUCGAUAUAAGCAGCGAUGCCGGCAUCUUGAACGCUGACACUCGAAAGUAUUAG